GGCCCCCCCCACCAGCCUGCCCAACUAUGCCACCAUCAACGGCAAGGCAUCCUCGCCCCUCUCCAGCGGCAUGUCCAGCCCCAGCGGUGGGAGUGCUGUCACCUUCUCCCACACCCUGCCGGACUUCUCCAAGUUGUCCAUGCCAGACGUCAGCCCUGAGACUCGUGCCAAUGUCAAGUUUGUGCAGGACACUUCCAAGUACUGGUACAAACCGGAGAUCUCCAGGGAGCAGGCCAUCGCACUGCUGAAGGACAGGGAGCCGGGGGCUUUCAUCAUCCGAGACAGCCACUCCUUCCGGGGAGCCUACGGCCUCGCCAUGAAAGUAGCUUCUCCACCUCCCACGGUCAUGCAGCAGAACAAGAAAGGAGACAUCACCAACGAGCUGGUGAGGCACUUCCUCAUUGAGACCAGCCCGCGGGGUGUGAAACUAAAAGGAUGCCCCAAUGAGCCCAAUUUUGGCUGCCUCUCGGCUCUGGUGUACCAGCACUCCAUCAUGCCCUUGGCCCUGCCCUGCAAGCUGGUCAUUCCUGACCGAGAUCCCAUGGAGGAAAAGAAAGACACCGUGUCGGCCACCAACUCAGCCACGGACCUUCUCAAACAGGGUGCGGCCUGCAACGUCCUCUUCAUCAAUUCAGUGGAGAUGGAGUCGCUGACGGGCCCCCAGGCCAUUGCAAAGGCUGUUACUGAGACGCUGGUGGCUGACCCCACGCCCACCGCUACCAUCGUCCACUUCAAAGUCUCUGCACAAGGCAUCACCUUAACCGACAAUCAGAGGAAAUUGUUCUUCCGACGACACUACCCCCUCAACACUGUCACCUUCUGCGACCUGGACCCCCAGGAACGAAAGUGGACUAAAACUGAUGGCAGUGGCCCAGCCAAGCUCUUUGGCUUCGUGGCCAGGAAGCAAGGGAGCACCACAGACAACAUCUGCCACCUCUUUGCCGAGCUGGACCCGGAUCAGCCGGCUGCAGCCAUCGUCAACUUUGUCUCCAGGGUCAUGCUCGGCUCCGGCCAGAAAAGAUGAGCCAGCAUUUGCGGGUGUUUCUUGAAUUUUGGAGAAGGACUUGGAGCUGAUCCGAGAAGGAGUGUGAGGAAGUGCAUUGUGGGAGAGGGAAGUGAAUCGGGGGGGAAAAGAGUUGGAAUUUUGGAGGAAAACAGCAAACAACAAAAAAACCCCAACGAAACCCCUAAAAACUCAACACAAGCCAAACACACACAUAGAGGAACCAAAACCACGCACCUACAUAAGAGAGCCACAAAGUCACGCCAGACAGGAUGCAUGUCUCAGCGCAGGGAAGGUGACCAAAGCAAAGGUGGCAGCGAGAGGCGUGUUCCCAGCUUUCGGCAUCACGGUCCUGAGCGGUGACAUCCGCUCGGGGCCGAACGUGGGACCAUGACUGGUGUUUUCCAUCUGGAAAAAAAAGAGACAACUGGCAAAACCCAUGGAAGAAGCUCCAUCCCAGCAGCUCCAUCGGUGAACGUCUGCUGCAUGUUUGAAACAACCCAAAGGAGAUAACAAGGUGGGCUGGGUCUGCAGGACACCGGAGGAGAUGCCCUCGGAAACCUUCCUUUGCCCGGCUGCAGCAGAGGGUCCUCGCUGGCCCCUGUGCUUCUCCCAAAAGCUGCCGGCCACCUGGCGACUUGCUGGGGAUGUGGAGGGGCUUAGUCCCGAGCCCUCCUGUCCCCAGGGAGCUCGGCCAUGGGCUGACCUCCGCUGCUGACCCAGAGCCCAGCACUGGUCACAGGUGAGCCGCUGUGAAUCCACCUGGAGAGCGGGGUCACGGCAUCUCCCCAUCUCCCCGGGGGUGCCCGUGCCCCCCAGCCCAUGGGGAGGUGUGGGGGUCUCCUGCCACCCCACGCCUGGGGAAGGCAGGUGCUCCCCGGGAGCCUCCCGGGAGGAUGCAGAAAUUCGCAUCCUCUCCCGUCUUCCCCUUUUCCCUCCCAUCACCAGUCCUCUUUGGCAAUUUUCUCCUGCGGCCUGUCACAUGUUCUCUGAACACAAAAAAAACCCAAAACAGAAAGGAAAGAAAAACAUUGUAAUAAUAAUAAUAAUAAUAAUAAUUAUAAUAAUAGCAGAUGCUGGCACAGGUGGGUUCCCUGUGCGAAGCAGCGGACCCGUGGCUACCCCAAUCUCGCUCUUCGGAGACGCGCAAGCGGUUUUUAAAUUGCAUGGACGUUCAAGUUGCACGAAAGGCAAAUGACUACAAGUAACUCAGGCGCUUUUUUCUCCUUUUGUUUUGGAGGCCACGUUAAAAAAAAAGAAAAAAGAAGGACGAAAAUUUAAAAAAAAAAAAGAAAAAAGGAAAGGACCUGCAGUCGCUGGGCAGCUUUGGCUCAGUGGGGAGGUAAUAGGUCCUCUGAGAGCCACCCUGCUCAGCAGAUGCGUACCCCCAAAACCAGCUGGCUGGAGGCUUGUGCCCCCCGAGUGCACCGUAGUUUUGCAGUGGCUUUGGUGCCAUCGGUUUUUCCCUUUGCUUCUGGAGGUGAGGAGGGCCAGCUGGGGGGCGAGAGGCGAAGGGCUCCUGUGCCGCGGUGGCGGGGGGUAAUGUGUUUGGGGGGCAGCAGGCAGAGGUUCCAGCCCUGUGGUGCUGGGGGGGGCAGAGGAUGCUUUGGUCACGCAUGCAGGUUUGGGGUGGGGUUCCGGAACAGUCAUUGUUGAGCCCUCUGCUGCAAAUAUCCCGCUGAGAGCCUUUGGGGGAAGUUUUCAGUGCAAAGUGGCCCAGAUAGUUUAAUGGGGGGCAAAAAUUAGAAACAUAGCACUGCAGCCCCCCCGAAAGCUUUCCUCCCUUGGACUGCCUUUGCCUUGAUAGCUAUAAUAUAUAUAUGAGCUAUACUGAUGAAAUACUGUAAGCUAACGAAAUUUUAAGGAGGAAAAAAAGGUUAAAUUUACACUCCGAAAAUAUUUAUUUUUGCCAUGUUGCUUUCCGCACAUCCUAUCUCCCCCAUUAUAUCCCCCCCGCCCCUCGCCUGCCCUUCCCCUGCCCCGGGGAAACACCUGCACGUUAAAAGAAAACCCAGAGCAAAGAAAAACAGGGAUGAGGGGAGGAGGCGCGGGGGUCCCCCCCGUGUCGGGGCGGCGUGCGUGUGACCGGUGUGCGUGUGCGUGUGUGCGUGGGGGAGCGAGCGGCGCGGGCUGGCACGGCCGGAGGCUGUACUGGUGUCCUGAGGCGAGCCUGGAAGGAUGCGUAGCGAGGAGUUGGUUGUGAGAUGGAUGCGGGACGGGGGGCUCUGGGACAGGGGGCUCUCUCCCCUUCCCCCAGCUCCCUGGCUGCACGGAUGCAGAGACCUUUUCAUUUCUGAUGUUUCCAAAAAAGCGAUUCCCUCCUUCUGCGAAAUUCAAGCGAGAUGAGAGACGAUCUCACCCGUAAUCUCCUCACCCUGCCGUUCACCGAUUAGAGAAAACACUGUGUUUAUAGAUAUAUAAAGAUAUAUUUUUGAAAGCCUCUAUUUUUCAGACUUGGUUUUCUCACUGCUAAGAAAAGAGAUGAUAAUAAUGUAAUUUUAUUUUAAUCUGCUGCCUCGGAAACUGGUGCUUUGAAACUCCCAUUCCUCUUUUUUCUCCCCCCUACGAAAGAAGCAGAUCUAAGCACCCCAGAGAUGUCACGUAGAAGCCGAUCCCAGCAGAUACCUGCCGAUAGCAUCACGCCUGCUUCGGGCCCUGAGCCGCUCACAGCUUCCCCACUAACCCACUAGCUGAAGAUUUAGACCAUACCCAAAUCUCGAACACUAACAAAAUUGUCCGACGAUUAUAUUAUUUUUUUUUUUAACGCAGAGCUAAUCACCUUCCAAUGAUGUAGCCAGGUGUUUGUCAGCUCCCUUUAAAGGCACUUUUUUUCCCCCUUUAUCUCCUUUUUUAAGUUACAUUUUUAGGUGUAACCACCCUUUCUGUCCCCGGGAGAGAUCGUCAGCCAGCGCUGAGGAUCACCCAGCUCCUGGGGCUGGAGGGGACCUAGUGUUGGUAUUUUUUCCUCACGAAAGGGACAGAAAAGACUCUUUGGUUUUUUGUUUUUUUUUUUUUUUUUUUUUUUUUUCCUUUGGUUUUUAAAUGCAGUCAUGGUAUUUGAGAUACGAGCUUGUGCGAGUUAAGCCCAGCAUAUGUUUCGUUGUAAUCACACCGCCGUUGUCAGCAGCUGGAUGGUAUCGCUCUCUCUCACACAAAUACACACACAAUCACGUCCCUCCUUCCUGCACAAAGAACUGCAUAUAUUCUUGCCAAAGAUAUCCUUAAAAACGCACUUUUCCCCACAUAUAUAUAUAUAUAAUUUUUUUUUUUGUGUGUGUGUAAAUUUAUUGUACGUGCCCUUUCUGUGUCGGUUUGUUCUUUGGAGAAGCCCCUUCCCACCCAUCCUCCCUUUGCUGUCAAUGUUGCUGUCUGUUGGGAAGAGCUCCCCCCGGGGGGGGGGGGGGGGGGGGGGGGGCGUUUGUGCCUGUCCCAAAUGGUAGCGCCUACAACAUGCAAAAUGUGGGGUUCCUGUCCCAGGGGGCUGCCCCUGGCUCUGCCCCCCGCCCCCCCGGGAGAUGUUUUGGGAGAUGAUCCAUGCCAUCUUCUGCUGAUGGGACGCACCCAUCUCACGGUCUUUGCCAGCUCCCCCUGUCGCCAGUGGAGAUGGGAGCUCGUGGGUUUAAGCAGGUAAAUUGAGCAAAGUUUGGGUUUGCUCUGGAUGCGACAUUAGCUGGAUGCCCCCUGGUCAAACCACAGGUGGAAAAUAAAACCAGGUAGGGAGAAAAACCCAACCCAGCCUCCGGGCAUCGAUUUUCCAGUGAGUUCAACUGCCUGAACCGAAGCGCAAAGUAAAUCCCCACCCAGCAGGUCGGGCGGGUAAAGAAACCAGUUGCCCCAAAAACCCCAGACAGCAACAUCAACAAAAGGCAACCCUUCCCGUUGGAGCAGGCAGGAGGAUCAGACAGCAAAGGAGCCCGCAGGGGCUUGUUUCAUUUCGUUCGUUUGUUUUGCAAAUUGUGAGGUUGGUUUGGGGUUACUCUUUUUCUUUUUUCUUUUCCUUAAAAAGGAAAAAAAAAAAAGAAAAAAAGGAAAAAAGGAAGCAACCCGACGUUUCUGUUGGCGGAUCCUGUGCCGCCGUGUUAUGCGUGGGGUUUUUUUUUUUGUUGUUGUUGUGGUCUUUGUUACUUUGGGAACGUUACAGAUUUAUUUGCUAAUCAGUGUUAAUGAACAGUUUCAAACUUCUAGACUCGCCCAUUUCUUUGUAUUUAUAUAGAUGGAAAAAAAAAUACAUUAUAUUUUGUAUCUUUGUGCCUGUAAUGUUGUCGCGCGUGUAAGGAUGACUUCGGUCGCACCAUGUCCGUGUGUGAAUGUGACUCCGCUGUUGUCUUCCCGUUGUACAGAUGUCGGAUUCUUUGCAGUUCAUUGUAUGGCUUUAU